GGAGGGGAACGGUCCUGUUCUCAGUCACGCUACGAUAAGUGAGCAGUCGUGCACAUUUCGAAGUGUUCCAGAUAACUGCGCUACGAUUAAACGGAUAGCGUUACCGUAGUGACAUAUCUCCGAGAGGCGCUGUGAACGUGUGGCUGGGUAAUUUAGCCCCCUCGAUUUCACAGUUUACACACUACGCCACCGUCGAUAAUCUCCUCGGAUCGUCUACAUUCCAGGCAGCCUCGGCUGGUUUCCUCGCUCGUUUCUGGACGGACAGACCGGACACGGAGAUGAUUCCAUUAGCGACGGCGGCGGCGGCACAUGCUCAGUUAUGCUUAUGGAGGGGGAUCUCGGUAGGCUGUGCGUGAAGACUGAGGUCAUCGGCUGAGCUCGGAAAAAAUACUCCGCGUAGCCUCCAUUUUGAGUAGUAUGAAAUAGAAGGAAUAGCUUAGUUUUGAGCCGCCGCAGAACCAAACAAACUGUAAACACAACCGAAAGAGCCUCCGCCAUGGACGACUUGUUCAGUCCUCGAAGGCAGCUGAAUAGCACGCAAGGAGAGAUUCGAGUGGGUCCAAGUCAUCAGGCCAAGCUCCCUGAGCUGCAGCCACUUCCUGCUCCUAGUGCUGACUUGGUCACGGAAAAAGAGGAGCUGGUCUGGACACCAGGAGUCAAUGAUUGUGACCUGCUCAUGUACCUUCGAGCUGCCAGGAGCAUGGCAGCAUUUGCAGGGAUGUGUGAUGGAGGCUCAACAGAGGACGGCUGUCUGGCAGCGUCCCGAGAUGAUACCACUUUGAAUGCUUUAAACACGCUCCAUGAAAGCCAGUAUGAUGCAGCAAAAGCUCUGCAGUGCCUGGUGAAGAAACCAGUCCCUAAACUUAUUGAGAAAUGCUGGUCAGAGGAUGAAGUGAAACGGUUUAUCAAAGGCCUCAGACAGUACGGCAAAAACUUUUUCAGGAUCCGAAAAGAUUUGCUCCCAAAUAAGAAAACAGGUGAGCUGAUUACAUUCUACUACUACUGGAAGAAAACUCCUGAAGCUGUCGGGUCACGACCUCAAAGGCAGCACCGCAGACAGCCUGCGUCCCGCAAGGUCAAAACACGCAACGCAGUGGCUGCUGCCAAUACUACCUCUCGCACCUCCUCCAUGGAACUCAGUUCAGCCAGUGAGGAUGAUCUAGACAGUGAAGACAGUGAGCAGGGAGGCAAAGGUCAAGCUUGUAGCCACUGUCUGACCACCAGCUCUAAGGACUGGCAUCAAGGAGGCCGAGACAACUUCCUGCUGUGCUCUGGCUGCCACUCCCACUUCAGCAAGCACAGACGCCUGCCGCCUGCACCCAAACCAGCCGACCCACCCUACCUGUUCAAACCUGUUCGGGAGGAGGAGGAGGGGCUGGGCGGUCGACAUGGGAUGAAGACGCGUCGCAGCAGAGCACCAAUGUCCUCUCUCAGAAGUGGGAGGAACAGGUUAACAGGGAGUCCUGAUAGGGGAUUGUCUCCAUCUCAUGAUGAUGUCCGAGCUAGCAGCCACACCCCCAGAUCCAGCUCCUCUGCCAUGACAACCAGGGCAUCCAGUGCUGAUGCCAAAACCAGCAUACCUGGGAAGGCAAACAAGAAGAUAAAAGUGGAACCAUCCCUUGUAAAAGGAGUGAAGAGACAGAGAGAGACUGGUGCCCCAGAUACAGAUGAACCAGAAAGAAAAAACAUGAAACGGCCCAAGACUCAGGAGGGUCCAGACUCACCGUCAGAAGGAGAGGGUGAAGGCGAAAGCUCAGACAGCCGUAGUGCUAAUGAUGAUGGCAGCAGCGAUACUAAAGACAUAGACCAGGACAACCGGAGCUCCUCUCCCAGCCUGGCCAGCCCCAAUGCAGGCAAUGAAAGUGAUUCUGACUCCCCUAUUCUUCCACCACCACCUGGGCCACAGAACCAAGUCCAGCAGCCUGCUGUGGCACCUGCUACCCCAGCGCUGUCUCAGACGCUGUCCCCUAUGCCAUCUCAGCCUUCUCCCUCCAGCGCACCAUCCCCUGGAGUGUCCACUACUAUCACCACUGCCACUACCACCACCACCUCAAGGGUUAUCAUACCUGUGGACAUUUCCCAAGAUGAUCCAUCUGUAAUAUCUCAGAGAAGAGCUCAAAGGUGUCCAGAGGGGCCACUCACCUCUCAGCCUCACUCUGGGCCCUCAACCUUCCCAGGACCAGGAUCUGGUCCUUCCCCAGGAUCUGGUCCUUCCGCAGGACAGGGACAGUCCUUACCUCAGCCUUCUCAGUAUCAUCCCCACCCAAGCCAGAUCCAGAACCAUCCACCCGGACCCCAUCCCACUCAUGGCUUCCCUCCCAAGCCUGUGCAUCUUCAGCGUGAAAGCAUACAUCCUGCACAUCCACCAGCAUCCGUAUCUCAAAUCAAACCUCCACCAACCACCCCAAUCCCCUCUUCUCACAAGCACCCUCCUCCUCACCUCCCUGCUUCUCCUCCAUUUCUUCAAAUCCACCCAAAUCUGCCUCCACCUCCAGCCCUAAAGCCUCUGGCGUCUCUACCUGCUCAGCACCCCCCAUGCUCUCAACCCCCUCCACUCCACAUCAUGCCCCAGCCUCAUCCUCCUCAGCCACCUGUGCUGACUCAGUCUCAAACCCAUCAGGUUAAAAGCCAUCUUGCUGGUCCACCACCAACUGCAGCCUGCCCUCAUCCUUCCCUCUCCCAGAACUCCCGUCCUAUGACUGAAUCCACUACUCCGUUUACUGUGGCUUCAUCCUCAGCUCCUGGCCCUGUAUCUGCACCUGGCCCUCAACCUUCCACUUCCUCUGCACCAAGCAUUCCCACUGGACCCCCACAGAUGACCAUCAAAGAGGAGCCAGUAGAUGAAGAUGAAGAGUGCGAUAGCCCGCCGCCUCCUCGCAGGAGCCCCUCCCCAGAACCAACAGUGGUCAAUAUACCCAGCCAUGCAAGCCAGUCGGCAAGGUUCAUCAAACACCUGAACAGAGGCUACAACUCCUGCUCUCGCACAGACCUCUACUUUACCCCACUCGCUUCCUCUAAAUUGGCCAAGAAGCGUGAGGAGGCCGCUGAAAGGCUUCGAAGAGAGGCAGAACAGAGUGCUCGUCAGGGUCGAGAAAGAGAGAGGGAGCGGGAAAGAGAAAGAGAGAGGGAGCGUGAGAGAGAGAGAGAUUCAGAUAGAGCUUCUCGAGCCUCCAGCUCCUCCCAUGAUGGUCGUCUGAGUGAUCACCCGCUCACCACCCAUGUACAGCCAGGCCGUGCGUCAUUUGAGCCCCCACCACCGACCACAGUGGCUGCUGUUCCCCCAUACCUGGGUCCAGACACCCCAGCCCUGCGCACUCUCAGCGAGUAUGCCCGGCCACACGUCAUGUCACCAAGCAACCGCAACCACCCCUUCUUCGUGCCCCUGGGGCCAGGUGAUCACCUCCUGGCUUAUCACAUGCAGAGCCUCUAUGCAGCUGAUCCUGCUCUCCGUGAGCGAGAGCUGCGGGAGCUCAGAGAGAGAGAGAUCCGAGAGAGAAUGAAGCCAGGCUUCGAAAUGAAACCACCAGAGCUAGAGACUCCACUUCACCCUUCAGCCAAUCCCAUGGAACAUUUCGCCCGACACGGAGCCUUGGUGCUUCCUCAUGUGGCUGGACCGCACCCUUUUGCCCCCUUCCAUCCAGCCAUGGAGAGAAGCAUGGCGGCGCCACCACGACCAGAGAUAACGUACGCAGAGCGGCUAACGGCAGAACGACUACAUGCCGAAAGGAUGGCUGCGACUGUUGUCGCUGGCGACCCGGUUGCUAGGCUACAAAUGCUCAAUGUAACGCCGCAUCAUCACCAGCACUCACACAUUCACUCCCACCUCCAUCUGCACCAACAAGACCCACUGAACCAGGGAUCAGGGCCUCAUCCUCUGGUGGACCCACUGGCUACAGGUCCACCUCUGGCACGGUUUCCUUAUCCACCAGGUGCUAUUCCCAACCCUCUGCUGAGUGAGUUGCCUCAUGAACAUGACAUGCUGCGGCACCCGCUCUUUGGCGCAGCAUUCCCUAGAGAUAUACCUGGACCCCUGGGGCCCAUGUCAGCUGCACAUCAGCUGCAGGCAAUGCAGGCGCAGUCAGCAGAGCUGCAGAGACUGGCUCUGGAGCAGCAGUGGUUGCAUGGACACGCACACCUGCACAGUGCUCCGCUUCCUAGCCAAGAAGACUACUACAGCCGUCUGAAGAAAGAAGGAGAUAAGCAGUCUUGAAAUGAUUGACGAACACUGUGGACUAUGGAGAAAAUUCUGUAUUCAGGGUAUUAGCUCUGUUUUAUUUUCUUUAGAGAUAACCCUGUGUGGGAUCGGUUUCCCCUCUUCUUCUGCACUUGAGAUUUUGCCCUACUUUGUUGUAUUGUAUGAAAUGACUAGCCUUUUCCAAGCACAUUGACUUUGUUUUCCUUGCAUGAAUAUUACUUGGCAGUUUUUACUGUUACAAAAGGAAAUCUAAUGUAACUUUGUUACAGUGCUAAAGCACUAGAUAUAUUUAGUAUUUGCGAGGUGCUGUCCAAUAUCCUGAAUACUUACAAUAUAGCAAAGAGUUUCAAAAUUUAUUGAAACCUACUCUCUAUAAGAUUGUAAAUAGUAUAUGUAUCAAAUAAUAUAUUACAUGUGUAAAUUAAAAUGUUGCAAUGGUAGAUUUGGGCUUGAAAAGGUAAAAUAACCUGUGUGCAGAAAGUGCAUGCUUUACAUACUGUAUCAUACCCUUUCUUUAACUUCCACUUUUCAGGUGUAUCUUAGAGGGAACACUCUUAUAAGUAUAUAACACAGUAGUAGUUAAGUCCUAAACUGGCCUAUAUGUCACCUAUAUUCCACUGUCUUAUCCCUUUUAACAUUUGUUUAUAUAACAUAGACAAAAGGAAGAGAGAGAAUAGUUUUGGACUGUUUAUUGCAAUACAGGUGAAACUGUAUUAAUAGCAAAUAACUAAUUCAUUGACACCUUGUCAUAUAUCCCUGGAUAUAGUAUUAUGUCUAAGUAACAAUAUAAAGCUAACUGUGACAACAAAA